AUGCUUCCAUCAUUAGCCUCUGAGCAAAAUCCAAAGUUAUCCUCUCAUUCGUGCUGCGAAAGGUCGUUGUUGGUUUCAUGUUCCGAAAGCAAAUCAUCCUGUGAGACUGAUGACAUUGAUGAGGAGGAAUUAAAAACUGUUGAAACUAUUUGUAACCAUUCCGUAAGCGAUAUGCAUGUGAUUCAUCAUCCAACAUUUAAAUUUGAAAUUGGAAAUUAUGGAAAAUAUAUUGUAGAUGCAUCUCUGUGUGGUGUAGGAAGUCAUUUAAGAAAACUUGGAGUGGACACUGAAUACAGCAAAGCAUACUCCGAUUCAUACAUUUUAUAUUUGGCGAGAACUCAAGAUCGAAUCAUUAUUACAAGAUCCACUAAAUUAUUACAAAAAAUUAAUCAACAAAAAGAGAAAAUUGAAAAUUAUAAGAAAAAGAUUGAGAUUUUAAAAGACAGAGAACUUGUAAAAAGCUUGAUACAACAACGGUUAAUGAAGCCUCGUACUGAAGAGGAGAUUGAAGAGGAAAUACAUGAAUUGACUGAAAUGAUUGAAGAGGAAAAACCAUAUAAAUAUUACUGGCUGACGUCCAUAGGAAAGCAUGAACAACUCUCAGAAGUGGUCAAUCACUUCAAAAUUAUAUUUAUUCGAGACAAUUUGUUUGGAAGAUGUUACAGUUGUAAUGGUGUUGUCGUGGAAGUGAAAAAGGAGGAUAUUGAACAUUUGGUGUAUGAAAAGACCUAUCUGAAUACGGAAAAAUUUACACAAUGUCAGAAAUGCAAGACAUGCUUUUGGGGAGAUGCCGAGAGAGGAAAUGCUUAUCAAAGAAAGUUCUUUUCUAACUCGAUAACUUUUUGUGAGAUGUACUCCUAUCAUCCAGAUUCUACCAAUGAAGAGAAGGAUAAUAGUAAAUAA